GCUGACCUUCCGUUCCACUUUGCCGCAGGUGUGGGGGCGCGCCGGUCCUGGCCGUGGCUGUCCUCGCCGUCGUCGCCGCCCUGGCGCCGGCCGUGUCCGCCGAGGUCUCGUCGUCCUCCUCCAAGGAGUCCAAGGACCUGCUGACCACCAACCACCAGCUGCUGUCCGGCCUCGGCCUCGCCAGGCUACCCGGGCACGGCCAGGGCAUGCUGCCCAGCAAGAAGGUCCCCGCCACGGAGGACGACUCCCGCGUGUUCGUGGUGCGCCUGCCGCCCAGCCAGCACUACUACUCGCUGCUCAAGUCGCCGCCCUCGCUCGCCAACUCCGUCAGCAAGCAGGUGGAGGUGGGCUUCAGGUCCAACGGCAAGCCCGCCCGGGUGUACCACUGGAACAUCCCGGUGCUCAAGAAGAUGGCGGCGGCGAGGCGGCGCUCCACGCAGGGCAACGGCAGCCAGCCCAAGCCCGCCAAGAACCCAUCCAAGAGCAAGCUGGGGGCGACUAGGAGGAAGGCCGCCGCCUACCACCGGGUGCAGCAGCAGCAGCUCAAGGCCAAGCAGCAGCAGCAGCAGUUGCAUCAGCAGCAGCUGCAGCAGCACCAGCAGCUCGAAGCAGGGCCCGAGCCGGCCGGGCCGUCCCCUUACUACUAUGUGCCCGCCAAGAAGACGUCCAUGCACAAGCUGCUGGGAGGUAACGGCAAGCCCCACGCCAUGUACGUCCUGGAGAAGAGUCGGACGCCCGCCUACUUCCAGAGGCUGCUGCCCUAGAAGGGCGGGGCGGGGAGGCCUCUGAGCGCCCCUCCUGUUCCAGCCCGGCGAGUUGUCGGCCCCUGCUCGCGCGUGCAGCAGCCAGCAGCAGCGUGCCACCCCUCUGGUCAGUCCCUCCGCGGGGCCCGGGCUGCUCGGCGGACUCACAGACUUGAGCAGUGCGGAGGAGGAGCCGCCGCCGACCUACUCCAAACAUGUGUCCGCGUCACAGCGAGUGUGACCCGGUGGUGUGACUGUGUGUCGGUGAGGAUGCGCCGGCCUGCGUCCAGCGUCCUCACACAGUGAUAAAUCGCACAGCGUUUAGUUAACGGUAGUCUCUUUGACUGAUAAAACGAACCCUGCAUCUCAAUAAAUGUAUUUAUUUUUUUGUAAUGUAAUCACAAAAUGAAUGACUUUGUUUACAAUAAAAUAUCCCUUGUUUCACUAGUUUUGUACUCAAUAGAUGGAUGUAUCUUGUGAAUAAAUAGGUAAAGAUCUUCAGCUCUGUGGGUUUUGUAAAUUGUGUAUGUGUUAUUCUAUAAGAAUGAGUAAAUGUCUGAAUAUUUUUUGAUAUAAGAUUGUUUAAACUUCACAUCAAAAUGUAUUUCUUCUUUUUGAGGCCAAAAAGAGAUAUUUAAGGUAACUCUCGUAAUUCGACUUGUACAUUUGUGAUGGAUGUAAUAAAAUUUUAGUCCCAAAUA